AGGCAGCUCUUCCGGCCCAUGGGACACGAGAUGUUGAGGGGCUGCCCUGCCCAGCAGGCAGUGGGGAUUUUUUUUCCUCCUGAAACUGUUCAAACAAGGGGACUAACCCCUCAGGGCUCAGAAGCUACAAGGCAAAUUCUCACACACAGAGACACACACACAAACCCCUCUCCCUCUCAUAUUUUAAGGCAAACCCAUGAUUUGGGGAUCUGUCUCCUGAGUGUUUGGGGCUGCCCAGGGCCCUGUUCUGAAUCCUGCCCGAAAAUCAGAUCUCAGCCACACCGGAGUCAGACCGGAGUCACUGCCGGCUCUGACAGGGGGUGUGUGCGAAUGGGCUAAUGGGAUCAGCCUCUGCUUGCCUGUCUUGGGGGCUGCAGGGGCAGGACACGGAGGCUCAGAGGGCCACCAGAGGGCUCCGGUUAAUGGCUAAGGGAGAGGACGAGGCGGGUGUGUGACUCUCCCUGCUCAUGUUAUUACAGCCCUGGAGUGCAGCUCCCCGGAUCAAAAGCUCCUGCCUCCUCCAUUUUGAGCUGGGGGCCCAGACUGAGACGCUGUUUCUUGUUCAGCGGAGUCUGAGCCUGGGAGAGACCUUCAUCAAAGCCCCUUCGCUGCCCAGCCCAGGUGGGAACUUUCUUGGUGGCUGGAAUCAGCCCCAGGGGCAGCCUGGGGCUCUGCUGACACCAGCCCCUGAGCCGCAGCCUACAGGCUGGAGAAUCACAUCCAGGUUUUGGUCCAGAUCUGCCUGUAUUCCCACGGGAGAGGGAAGGGAAAUGGCUGUGUUGGAGCCAGAUCAGAUGCCGGUGACCUUUGAGGAGGUGGCUGUGUAUUUCACCCAGGGGCAGGGGGCUCUGCUGGACCCCGCUCAGAGAACCCUCUACAGGGAUGUCAUGCGGGAGAAUUACAAAACUGUGACCUCACUGGGAUUCCCCAUUCCCAAACCUGACCUGAUCGCCCGGCUGGAACGAGGGGAAGAGCCGUGGGUCCCGGAUCUCCAGGUCGAUGAAGAAAGGGAGAGCCCAAAAGGCUCCUGCACAGCAGGUGAUAGGACAGUGAAUGAGAACAAGGAGGAGAAUCAUCAGGAGGAAGUUCCUGGGAAAGCGGAAUCGCAGGAGUUGGUUUUGAGAAGAGCUGAAGGGAAUUUUUCCCAGUGCUUGGAACAGGGAAAUGCCUGGGGAGAUCAACACAGAUCAGAGAUGCAACUGGAAAACUAUCCUGGGAAGAAACUGGAUGAAUCUAUUGAACGUGGCAGAGGAUGCAAGGAUCCCAAGGAAACUACAGUACAGCAGAUAAGUCACAAUGAAGAGAAACCUUACAAAUGCCUUGACUGUGGGAAAAGUUUCCGUUUCAGUGCCAGCCUUAUUAAACAUUGGAGAACCCACACAGGAGAGAAGUCCUAUAAAUGCUUAGAGUGUGGGAAAAGUUUCAGUGAGAAGUCAAACUUUAUUACACACCAGAAACUGCACAUAGGAGAGAAACCCUAUAAAUGCCUGGAGUGCGGAAAAAGAUUUAGUCAGAGGUCAUCGCUUAUGGCACAUUACAGAUCCCACACAGGAGAGAAGCCCUAUAAAUGUGUAGACUGUGGGAAAAGCUUCAGUAAGAAGCCAUGUCUUCUUAUACACCAGAGACUGCACACAGGAGAGAGACCAUAUAAAUGCCUUGAGUGUGGGAAAAGUUUUAGUCAGAAUUCACACCUUACUGCACAUCAGACACUGCACACAGGAGAGAGACCCUAUAGAUGCCGUGAGUGUGGAAAAAGUUUUAGCAAAAGUUCAUCCCUUAUUCAACAUGGGAGAAUCCACACGGGAGAAAGGCCAUAUAAAUGCCUUGAGUGUGGGAAAGGUUUUAUCGAAAGUUCAUCGCUUACUAAACAUGGGAGAAUCCACACAGGAGAAAGACCUUAUAAAUGCCUUGAGUGUGGGAAAAGUUUCAAUUUGAAAUCAGCCCUUAAUUCACAUCAGAAAACCCACACAGGAGAGAAACCCCAUAAAUGCCUGGACUGUGGGAAAACUUUCAGUCAGCGCUCACACCUUAAUAAACAUAGGAAAAUCCACACCGGAGAGAGACCAUAUAAAUGCCUUCAGUGUGGUAGAAGUUUCAUUCAGCACUCAAACUUUAUUAGACAUCCAUGUCUGAACACAAGACAGAGACGCUAUAAAUGCCUUCAGUGUGAGAAAGUUUUCAAUGCGGGAUCGGACCUUAUUAAACAUGAGAGAACCCACACUGGAGAGAAACCAUAUAAAUGCUUGGACUGUGGGAAAACUUUUGGUCAGAGCUCACACCUUAGUAAACAUAGGAGAAUCCACACAGGAGAGAGACCAUAUAAAUGCUUUGAGUGUGGGAAAAAUUUCAUUCACCACUCAGUCCUUAUUAAGCAUCAGAGAAUCCACACAGGUGACAAACCCUAUAAAUGCCUCGACUGUGGGAAAAGUUUUGUUGACAGAACAAAACUUACUAGACAUCAGGCAAUCCACACAGGAGAGAGACCCCAUAAAUGCUUGGACUGUGGGAAAAGCUUCAUUCAGAAGUCACAACUUACUAUACACCAGAGAGUUCACACAGGAGAUAGACCCUUUAAAUGCCUUGAUUGUGGGAAAAGUUUUAUUCAUAACUCAAAGCUUACUACACAUCAGAGAACCCACACAGGAGAGAGACCUUAUAAAUGCCUGGAGUGUGGGAAAACUUUUAUUCAUAAUUCAAAGCUUACUACACAUCAGAGAACCCACACAGGAGAGAGACCCUAUGGGUGCCUUGUGUGUGGGAAAAGGUUUAUGGAAAGUUCAUCCCUUAUUAAACAUGGGCGAAUCCACACGGGAGAAAGACCCUACAAAUGCCUUGAGUGUGGGAAAAGUUUUAUGGAAAGUUCAUCCCUUAUUAAACAUGGGCGAAUCCACACAGGAGAAAGACCCUAUAAAUGCCUUGAGUGUGGAAAAAGUUUCCGUUUGAAAUCAACCCUUAAUACACAUCACAAAACUCACACAGGAGAGAAACCCCAUAAAUGCCUGGAGUGUGGAAAAACUUUCAGUCGGCGCUCACAGCUUACUCAACAUGGGAGAAUCCACACAGGAGAGAGACCUUAUAAAUGCCUUGACUGUGGGGAAAGCUUCAAUAAGAGCUCAGAGCUCACCAAACAUCAGACAAUCCACAAGGGUGAGAGACGCUAGGAAUAGCUUGACUGCAGGAAAAGAUUCAAUUUGACUUCCUGCAUCAGUGAUCGACACAACAGAGAGACCUUCAAUGUGGGGGAAGCUUCAUUUGGUGCUCCCGGAAUAUCAGGGAUCCACAAAUCUGCACAGGGAAGAAACCUCUGAGAUGUUCUCAGUGUGGAAAAUGCUCCAAGUGGAGCUGACAUCAGAGACUCCUCCACACAGCAGGGAAAUUCUCUGAGUGCCCUGACUAGGGCUGGCCAUGGUGACAAACCCAUUUCCUCAUUCCCACACACAUCAGGGGUGUUUGCUUCCCAAGGCUCCGGCUGCCCAUCGCUGGGGCGAGGAUACAGCAGCAGCUGAGCAGCAACUGGUCAGUGACCCUCUGGCUCUGCCUGGUUUAAGCUCUGUCUGGCAGCUGAGCAGAUGGGCCAAAGUAGGGGAAGGAAGAGGGAGAAACUCCUCCAGACGCUCCCUCUGUUUGGCUGAAAUUCCCUUCUCUCCCUUCCCCUCCCAGCCGGGAUCCCCCUGCCAUGGAGAUGAGAAGAAGGACACUUGGGCCAGGCCCCAUCUUCACUCUAGACCUCUGUCCCCAUCCCCAUCUUCCACCAGCUCCUGGGCUGCGCUCCCCACUUACAUGGAGCUGUUCCCUGCAGGGGGAGUGUCCCUGGGGGCUGGUAACUUCUUCCGUCCCCAAAUCCCCCAGGGCACUGGGUUCUGUGGGUCAAAUAUUGAGGGACCAGGAGGAUGGGUUUUGGGGAGGGAAUUGGGGUUCAAUGAUUGGGGUUGGUGGAGCUGUGAAGCAGGAGGAGCUGGGUGCUGGGGUAUCGAGUGUUUGGGGAUCAUGGGAUAAGAGGCGAGGGAGAGCAUAGAGAUAGAGAGGUGCUGCCUCUCAUCACUCUCCCCUCCUGCCCCUUCUCCCUGCCCCCUCUGCAUUCAGACAGCACCACUGAGAGAGGCUGGUUCCCACAGAGCCAUUUGGGGAAGGCUGAGAGAUCCCACCUCUGCUUCCGAGCAUUUGUCUAUGGUAGGAAAUGUGGUUGGGAUUGGCCAGCGCAUCUCUGUGACCCUCUACCAGAUUUCCUAGUGUAAACUCAGCCUUACACAUAAGAUGCUCAGGACAAGAUUUUGUCAUGGAUAUUUUUAGUAAAAGUCACAGACAGGUGACGGGCAAUAAAGAAAAAUUCACAGAAGCCCGUGACAUUUACUAAUAAUAUCCGUGACAAAUGGGGAGGUAGAAGGCUGCAGCACCCAUUGCUACUGGGGCCCUGGGGUCUCAUGGCAGCUGGGGCUCUGUGAGCUGCAUGGGCCCCCUGCCACCCGUGGCUCAGAGCUCUGGGGCCCCUGCCACCCAUGGCAGCUGGGAGCUGCGGGGGUCCCAGCCACCCGCCAUAACUCAUAGAUCUGGAGGCCACCCCUGGGAGCCGGGUACUGCAGGGUAACCCCAUGGCCUCCGGGGGGAGCUCUCGGAUACUGUGGACAGCAGGGGGACCCUGCAGCUCAGAGCUGCCACGGGCUGAAGUCACGGAAGUCUCUGGAAGUCACAAAUUCCGUGACUUCCAUUACCUCUGUAAGAAAAUCGUGUUCUGACUCCCUCCCAUUAGCAGAGUGAUAAUUAGUCCCUGAGUUCCCCUUGUGGAGCUGGAUUGUCUCAUUCCCAGAUAGUCUCACAUUACUCCAGGCCCCGCUGACAAGCAUUUAGUGUUUCUAUAUUUUCUGGCUUAUGCACCAGAAUUAACUAGAUGCUAAAAAUGUGGGAGAAGAGACAGUAAAAUGUGGUGUGUUAUUUCAGAGCGAUGGGGUGAGUCUGAGGGUUUCCCUCCCUCCCCCAGCACCAUCACCCUCCACUCUCCACACAGCAGCCUCUGUCCAAGUGAUGGAGAGUUUUAUCAUGUCCCCGUUCUACCCCUUCACCUACCAAGGUGUCACUUACUACCAUGUCCCUGGCUCUCCAUGCUUAGGAAUCACAGUUUUGAUGUCUAUGAUCCUAAGUUAGACUCCAGAGGGCUGGAGAAGGAAGUGUUACAGAUCUGGGAGUGGGCGGGGAAAUCCCAUUGACUCUAAAGCAUAGUUUGACCUUUCAGAUCCUAUAGCCCUGUUUGCAUCUAUUUGUGAAAUUGCUUCCCGGCUUUUUCCUAGGCUAGUCCAGAUCAUUUGUAGAUGGGAAGAUUUGUGUUUCUUUUUCUUUCUUUUAGUAUAAUGAUGCUAAAACUUUUGCAACUAAUACAACCAAAUAAUGAGGCGAGAAGUGAACCCGGUUUAGCCCCUACAGAAGAAAAUGGGUACAUUUAUUUUCCUGAUUUUGAGUCUUAAAUGAUUCUCUGAGAUUUCAUUUUAUGAACAUGAAAUUGUUUUAUAGCCCA